AUGAGGUCACCUCUGGGCCGAUCAGAAGUCCAGUUCAGCAGAGGUGCAACGGUGUACACUGCAGUAGAAGGAGAUGGGAGCAGCCUUCCAGAGUGGGUGACAGACAAUGCUGGGACCCUGCACUUUGCCCGGGUGACCCGAGAUGACACUGGCAACUACACUUGCAUUGCCUCCAACGGGCCACAGGGCCAGAUUCGUGCCCACGUCCAGCUCACUGUGGCAGUUUUCAUAACCUUCAAGGUGGAGCCAGAGCGCACAACUGUGUACCAGCGCCACACAGCCUUGCUGCGGUGUGAGGCCCAGGGGGACCCCAAGCCACUCAUUCAGUGGAAGGGCAAAGACCGCAUCCUGGACCCCACCAAGCUGGGACCCAGGAUGCACAUCUUCCAGAACAGCUCCCUGGUGAUCCAUGAUGUGGCCCCUGAGGACUCAGGCCGCUACACCUGCAUCGCAGGCAACAGCUGCAACAUCAAGCGCACGGAGGCCCCCCUCUACGUCGUGGACAAGCCUCUGUUGGAGGAGUCGGAGGGCCCAGGCAGCCCUCCCCCCUACAAGAUGAUCCAGACCAUUGGGCUGUCAGUGGGUGCUGCUGUAGCCUACAUCAUUGCUGUGCUGGGCCUCAUGUUCUACUGCAAGAAGCGCUGCAAAGCCAAGCGGCUGCAGAAGCAGCCAGAGGGCGAGGAGCCAGAGAUGGAGUGCCUCAACGGGGGGCCUUUGCAGAAUGGGCAACCCUCAGCAGAGAUCCAAGAGGAAGUAGCCUUGACCAGCUUGGGCUCUGGCCCCGCAGCCACCAACAAACGCCACAGCACAAGUGAUAAGAUGCACUUUCCACGGACCAGCCUGCAGCCCAUCACCACGCUGGGGAAAAGUGAGUUUGGGGAGGUGUUCCUGGCAAAGGCACAGGGCGUGGAGGAGGGAGUGGUGGAGACCCUGGUGAUUGUGAAGAGCCUGCAGAGCAAGGAUGAGCAGCAGCAGCUGGACUUCCGGAGGCAGUUCGAGAUGUUUGGGAAGCUGAACCAUGCCAAUGUGGUGCAGCUUCUGGGGCUGUGCCGGGAGGCCAAGCCUCACUACAUGCUGCUGGAGAAUGUGGACCUGGCAUGCUGUUGGCAGGGGGCCUCGGGGACUCAGGCAGGGUGGCUCAAAGCAGGAUGGCAGGAGUGCAGACAAGCUGAUGACAGGACCACAGCGCUGACGUUCACGGUGGCAGCAGCGGCAGCAGCGGCGGCAGCGAACACGUGCACGUCUUCACCCAGCCUCCCCCCAGCAUCUCACCGAAUCGUAACAACUACUCAGUGA